AGGGUUCUUCCACCAUGAGUGGGUGUAACUCCGGCUGCGGCCCACAGGGAUCUGAACUUCCCGCAUUUUCCUUCUGCCAUCCACCGGAAUGCGGGCGGCCCAAGCCCCAAAAUCUCAACUUCACGGAUGGAUUCCGGGAGGUGCGCGAUCCCGAGGUGCGCAAGCAGCACCGGCGGGAGCUGGGCGAGAAGAUGCGCGAUUAUUUCUACGAGGGCGGGGUUUGUGGGCCUUGCAACGUAGAGAUGGGCACUCCACUCCCAAAGUGGCUCAAGUACGAUCGCCAGGUGCUGAGAUUUUACUGCUACUUCAAAGAGCCUGUGAACGAGAGGAGGGACGAGAACUUUAGAGUUCGAAAAUGCACCAUCUAUUUCUACCUGGAAGAUGGAAGCAUUCAUGUCUCGGAACCACGCCAAGACAACAGUGGCCUAAUGCAGGGACAAUUCCUGAAGAGGCACAGAAUCCCCAAGAAAGAUGGAAGUGGCUAUUUGUCUGUGAAGGAUUUUGUCCUGGGCACAGACUUGACUAUCUACGACAGGACUUUUCGGAUUUGCAACUGCGACACAUUUACUCGAAGGUAUUUGAUGAAGCACAGAUUUGAAGUGGGCAACGAGGAGGAUGUUCCCGGAGAACCUUUGUCCGCAUACCGCAAGAGCUUGGAGCGUCAUCGUGUCAAGGUUCACAAGGAGUAUGCAAACAAACAAUUUCUGGAAAACGAUGGAAAGGUUCUAAGAUUUUUCUGCGUUUGGGACGACCGUGGGGCCGUCUACGGAGAACGUAGGCCAUACGUUCUUCAUUACUUCUUGGCAGAUGACACGAUAGAGAUUUUGGAAAUGCACGAGCGGAAUAACGGGAGGUACCCGUUUCCAAUGAUGCUGCGCAGGAUGAAACUUCCUCGAGAGAUACCAACUGACCUCUUAGGCAAGAAUAUUGGAGCUCAGCAUGUUCACAAGUCCUCGUGCUACAACGAGUGUGACUUGCACAUUGGGAGCUUCUUGACGAUUUACGGUCGAGAUUUGCUACUGCACGAUUGCGAUGAUUUUACCCGACAAUAUUACAAGGAGAAAUGGGGAGUUACUGAUGACAUGCUGGAGCCUGUUGCGGUUCAGGAAAAAGCACCGGUGCUGGCCAGAAUGGAAGUUCCUCCAUACAACGGCUAUGGUUCUGACGCGGACAGUAUGCAAAAUUGUAUUUCUCUGAUUCCAAAAGCGGCCAUGAAAGACUUCAACAAGUUCUUAAACAACGACGGAAAGAUUAUGUGCUUUUCGGCAAGGUUCGCAGAAGAUGCAAAUCACCGCGUUAUAGGCCCUGACAGAGGUCGCCUCUUCGUUUUUCAGUACUACUUGUCUGACGAUACAAUUGCCAUCUACGAGCCACCGGCUAGAAACUCCGGUAUUGUUGGUGGCAAGUUUUUGUAUCGUCAGGACUCUCCUCCCAAGCCUGGGACCAAGAGACCAUAUGGACCAAGCGAUAUGCUUGUGGGAGCGAAACUAGAGAUACACAGGCAUUUGUUUGAGCUCCUCCAGGCAGACGAAUGGACGCUCAAGUACAUGGAGAGAAACCUCAGUACCUUCCCCCAGUCGGAUUAUAGACGAGCUUAUUGCAAGCUAAAUUCUUCGAUUGAGAGAAUGCCCGAGGAUGGCCUCCACAAUCUCAAGCUCACGCUACCAAAGGGCAAUCCGUCGGAGCAAUUCUCUCCAAUCGAUAUCUUGUUGCCAAUCUUGGCGAGGGGUGGCAUCGACAUGACCAAGCAAGAGCUCGUGACAAUUGAGCGUGGCUUGGAGAAUGGCCAAGAGCCUGGAGUACAAGACAUCUACACGCUCAUUGUAAAGUUUGUAUGUAAUUCCAUGAGCCGAUAGAUUGAAACUUGGAAACUCUGGUGUUUGGAAUGCCAUGGGUAUGUAAAAAUCUCAUAAAUUACAAGUGAAAGAAGAGACUGUAUACAACACAA